AUGCAGCAACCUUCCCUCCAAAAUGUUCGCAUACGCUCGACAAGGGAUGCGCUUUACAUCUUUCAUGCUGUUGCGAGGAAUGCGCUCCCACUUACAACACGCCGAUUGGACGCUGAGGAACGAAGGGCUAUCGCUCCCGGAAACGUAUAUGUUUGGGAGGAACGCAGUGCAAAUUCUGAGGCUACAGGUCUCGGCAUGGAACGAUGGACGGAUGGCAUGGGCUGGGGACCAAGUAGAGUCCGCGAUGAAUUUCUGUUCUAUCAGCAGAAAGAAUGUGAUGUGAAUGAUGAUCCAGGUAGCUCCGGCACUCCAUGGGCUCAGAUGAUUAGCAUGUACCCUUCUUCGCGAGCACGUGCUACGGGGGACUCUGAACGUUUGAUCAAGCAGACUUAUAGUGUACGUGUCUCGUUACCUGAUGAUCGCACACGAGGUAUCACUAGGAAGUGGCACUUAACUGCCUACUUCAGUCAACAGAAGCUUGAUCGGCUUAACACAAUCGAUAAUAUACCAGGGGUCGGUGAUGUCCCGGUUCCAGACGGAUGGUUCCGAAGUGCUCGUAGGGAUGCUAAGACGAGACGAGAUGACGACCUACCAAAAUCUGCCCUGGCAAAGCAACUCCCACAGUUUCCCAUGGAGGGCGUACUACCCAAGAUUAAUCCGAGUCGCUCAGCAUGUCCUUCCCCACCCUCAUCAUCAUCAUCAGGACCCGCCACUCCAAGUCCGCGAAUUAGUCCUUCCCACCUCUCGGAACAAUUGGUGCCCCUCGAAUAUCUCCAAGGGCUUGCAUAUCCAAGGCGCGAACCUAUUGAUGAACAAUUUCUUCAGCGUUUUUCAACUCAGGUCUCGCCAGGUUUUGUCUCGAAGGGAGGAGACCGAAAUCACCCCCCUUCAAAGGGACAUUCUGCUUUACAUCCCGAAUCAAUAAGGUGCUCGUAUACCUGA